AACCGUGGCCCUGGCAAGAGCGUUCGGUCACCUGGCAACAGCACCUGGGCGGCUGAGGAACCUGGCGCCAAAGAAAUUUACAAAGUCGACUUCCAGGCUCGGCUCAUCCCGCAAGUGGUGAGGUGCCUUCAGGGAAAAAACGUGGGGACUGAGGAAACCUGGAGCCACGUUUCUCAAACUUGCCUGCCAAAAGUUGGGCAUAAAACAAUGCCUUGACCUGCUUUUGACAUGGUAUCAGAGCCGAGCUACUGCUGAGAGUUUGAUUUAUAGAGAAAUCAUGGUUCGACUAACCUUGGAUCUAAUUGCCAAAAAUAGCAAUCUUAAACCCCGAAAAGAAGAAACCACUUCACAAUACCUGAAGAAAAUAACUCAUAUAAAUUUUUCAGACAAAAAUAUAGAUGUAAUUGAAGACCUCUCUCCUUGCAAAAAUCUUAGUGUUUUAUAUUUGUAUGAUAACCGUAUUAGUCGAAUGACUAACUUGAAUUAUGCUACAAAUCUGACCCACUUAUACCUACAGAACAACUGUAUUUCAUAUAUAGAGAACCUCAGGUCAUUAAAGAAACUGGAAAAAUUGUAUCUGGGAGGCAAUUAUAUUGCUGUCAUAGAAGGUUUGGAAGGAUUAGAAGGACUAAGAGAGCUUCAUGUGGAGAGUCAGAGGCUUCCUCUUGGAGAAAAGCUUCUGUUUGAUCCAAGAACUCUUCAUUCUCUGGCAAAAUCCCUCUCUAUAUUGAAUAUCAGCAAUAAUAAUAUUGAUGACAUAAGAGACCUAGAAAUGCUGGAGAAUCUUAAUCAGCUCAUAGCAGUUGACAACCAACUUCUGCAUGUGAAGGAUUUGGAAUUUUUACUGAACAAGUUGAUGAAGCUGUGGAAAAUGGAUCUAAAUGGAAAUCCUGUCUGUCUCAAACCUAAAUACAGAGACAGACUGAUACUGGUGUCCAAAUCACUGGAAUUUCUUGAUGGAAAAGAAAUUAAAAAUAUGGAAAGACAAUUCCUAAUAAAUUGGAAAGCAUCCAAAGAUGCCAAGAAAAUCAGCAAGAAAAGGAACAGUAAAACCGAGGAUGGAAGCAGGCUGUCAAUCAUUAGUUAACCACUUCUACUAAAAGAGGGAAUAUUCUACCCAGCAACAACAACAAAAAAUGCCAGAAAUAAAAGGCUUUUGUUUAGAUUUUUGUUUAAGAUUUUGGGUUUUUUUAAAACUUAUUUACAAUUCCUUGGAAAUUUUACCUGUAAUGUUUACAUAUGAAAAUGGUAGCUACUGCCAACAAAAGCUGUGUUUGGUUCAUACUGAGUUUGACUAUGUCAGCUAUGAAAACAGAGCCAUAAGGGUGGGAGAAAAUGUAUAAUUUUGUAUCUGACAAAAGUACAUGAUAUUAAUUAUGCAAAUGGUGAAACGACAAUCAGCUAUGUAAACUGUGAAACCUAAGUCACUAGUAUACGAGUUUAGCAGCAGUACAAAAAUCACAUUUCCCAUCAGGAUACAGAAUAAAAAUGUAUGACAACCACAUCUGUGGCCUAUACUCUGUGGCUAUAAUACAAAGACAGGUCAACCUCCCCUGCUUAACUUAUGUACCUCAUGUAGCCAAGUGUAACAUGUAACAAUUAUCUUUAUCAUAUUUAGGAGCAUCCUAGAAUUAAUUCUUCACAGAUUCUAUAGUCCACAACAUUGGAAUGAACAUUUCCUCUGUUCCAUAACAGUGUUUGAAUGCUAAUGGUCCUCCUAUUUCACAGCUACCGGGAUGGGAUCAUAGAAAGGGAUUAGGUCAGGGGAAUAGGGAAAGGGAAACUAUAAUAGUAUAGUGAGGCUUCAUGCAUGGAUACCAUAUCCUAGGAGCUCUGCCACUCUAGAACAAGGAGGUUGAGGUGAAGAGAAGCAAAGGUAAAAAGGCAUGGAGCUCUGGUGAUUUUGCCAUAUCACAUCCAUUGAAUAUGAACUGUGGGAAAUCGUUUUGAAGAAUGGGACUUUCUGAACUGACAGUAUUACCCAUGAGUGAUGAUGAUGUGCUGGCAAUGUGAAUUUUUCAAGAUCUGAAAUCUAUAAAAUGGACAGGCAGCAUUUCUCCUAUGUUCAUCCCUGGCUGGCUUUGAAGGGCAGAACCAGACCCAGGGUAAGGAUUCCAAUAUUUUACAUACUUUCAGUAUUAUAGCAAGGACAUCAAAGUACUUUAUUAAUACUGAAGUAUUCAUAGAAUUCAACACCAGCCCUCACCCAAAAACUGAAC